AAUCCAAAAGGUUAGCGAUUUUCCGACCCGCGUAAGGCAGGCUUUCCCCUCCCUAGGUCGAGUCUCUCUCUGUAUUUCUCUCUGCAAUUCAAAUGGGAAGCGACCGGAAAUCCGAGGAGAAGAAGAGUAGGAAAAGGAGCCCCUCUUCAUCUUCCGAAGAUGGGGGAAGAGGCAAGAGGCAGAGACCAGUAGAAGAUGAGGACAAGAAGAGCAGGAGGAGUGACAAGAGGGACAAGUCAAAGGACAAGAAAAAAUCUCAUAAGCACUCAAAACACCGUUCCGAUAAAGAAAAGAAGACAAAAGACAAGCACAAAAGUAAACACCACAAAGGCGAUCGCCUCUCGAAAAUUGACUUCCAAGAGCUGUCGAACGAUGACUAUUUCCUCAAGAACAAUGAGUUCUCUACGUGGCUGAAAGAAGAGAAAGAUGUGUUCUUCUCCGAUCUUUCAUCAGAGUCUGCACGCCAACUAUUUGCAGACUUCGUGAAAGUUUGGAACAAACAAAAACUUGAAUCCAAGUACUACGAGGGGAUCGCGAGUGGCCCCCGGUGUGCCCAUGCGUGGAAAAUUAAAGGGUGAAUUGCAAGAGCAGUAGAUGAUCUGGCUUUAGCUGUUCUGUGUUGUUUAUCAGUUAGGUUUUCUGUCUACUCAGGGAUGGUUUGGUGUGACUAAAGAUCAAGAUGAAGUCGCGUAUGUAGUUUUAAUCUUCAUUUCUUA